CUUCCGACUUUUCUCUUUAAAAUUUCUCGAAACCAGGACUUGACAGCUGCCUUCACCUCAUCGCCCGAGGUGUACUGAUUACCCUUGAGGUCUCUCUUGAGUAGAGGAAAAAAAUAAAAAUCACAAGGCGCAAGAUCGGGGGAGUAAGGAGGGUGUGGAAUCUGUUCAAACUUCAUGCAUGUCUCCAAACGCAGAGCCUCUGCAGUUGCGCGCGAGGUGUGUGGACGAGCGUUGUCAUGUUGCAAGACGUUUGUGGAAACAAAAAUCACCGAACUGGAUAGCGUACAUUCCGCAUACAACCAAGCGCUUUUCCAAUCGGUCGCAGACGAGGCCGAGAUUGACAAGGAACUAGAGUCGAACGAUUCGUAUAAGAAACAAUAUCUGAUGGCGAAGAUGAGAGUAACGUCGGGGACGCCGACAACAUCGGAAGGAACGACGAGAACCAUCUCGACGAACGUUACCAAGACUUCGAAGCUUCCCAAAUUAGAAUUACAUACCGAAAUUCAGCGGUAAUAUCAAGGAAUGGCUGCCCUUUUGGAGCCAAUUUAAGAAGAUAAACGACGAUCCGACGAUCAGUAAGUGUUCGAGAUCGCCUCGAACUAAAUAUUAUACACCGUCUCCGAGCAAACGAGAAUCUCGAUGUUUGUCCGAUCGGCUGAUGGCUCUAUUGUCCGUACACCUUGAGAGCGUCUUAUCCAAAUAUUCGCUUCGCUUCUCUAUUGUUGUCGUCUACCUAAGUGAAACAGAAGCAUUCGAGGAAUAGCGAGUCAGUUUCUUUGAAAACGGCUGAUUGCCCGCUAACGCUGUGCGAACGCCGACUGUUUGUCUCUCGAGGCGUCCGGACGAUCGGUUUCAUUUGAAAUUAUUUGUACUGCUUUUAUUUUUCGACUCUCAAGUUCGAGAGAUCAGGGAAGAGAGGGACGGUAUAAAAUCCCGGUCCGGCGAGCCCGCCGCUCUCUCGUUCUUGUGAGUCUCGAUUAGAAAUCUGUACUUCUGGCGACAAGCGCCUUCGAGGAUUGAGUGACGAUCUCAAAGUAAUCAUCCGAAUGGUGUUUGUCGCGUCGCGCGGGAUAGUGUUAUUAGUCGCUCUCUACGCGCUCUUUGCCUUUCGCUCGCGUUGCGGUAUUUUUUUCGGACUUCUUCCGCGAUCUGCGUGUGCGAUACUUUCCGCGUAUUUCAUACGCGAUACGCCUAACUGGGCAUAAACGGCCUCGCUUGCCUGAAAAUUGUCGGGUGUACUCUCGCUUUGUGAAUGGCAAUUACAAUUAAACGUUUGAGAGUCAAUUGCAUAUGAGAGUAAACCAUUGCUCGCUCCUUCCAUCCUUUGCAAUCCCAUACAGUAAGGAAGACAAGAUACAAUAUCUACAGCAAGCAAUGGUGGUGGACUCGCGCGCGAGCGAGAUCGUGAGAAGCUUCCCGCCUACUGGAGAAAAUUACGAGAAGGCAAUCACGAGCUUGAAGAAUCGUUUCGGACGAGACGAUAUUAUAGUUGAGCUUUACGUUCGUGAGUUGCUGGGGCUCGUACUACAGAAUGCCGCGAGAGGGAAUAAGAAACCCUCCCUCGCGAGCAUAUACGACAAAGUCGAGUGCUACAUUCGUGCUUUAGAAACACUGGGUGUGACGACAGAUAGGUGCGCCGCCAUGCUUUAUCCGCUUGUGGAAUCGUCUCUUCCGGAAGAGGUCCUUCGAUCCUGGCAACGCAGUGGAGGACAGCGGGAAACAAGAGAAGAACACGCGACUACGGAUCGACAGUCGAAGCUUCUCGAAUUCCUACAAUUGGAAGUGGAAAAUGAAGAGCGCAUCGACCUCGCGUUAACAGGUUUUGGAUUACCGACGGAACAGGGGAAGAUAUCGAAGAAACCGAAGGGUAAAACAGAAUCGUUGACGGAAACAGCCAGCGCGAGCGUUCUUUUUGUAUCAAAAGAAAAGAAGCCGGAUUGCAUUUUCUGUAAGUCGAGCCACGAGAGUCAGGGUUGUGAAUCCGCGCGUAAGUUAACGUUAGAUGACCGUAAGGAAAUUGUUAAGAGAGAGGGCUGCUGCUUUAGCUGUUUGAAAUGCGGACAUGUCUCACAGAAAUGUAGGGUUAAAACGAAAUGUGAUUGGUGCUCGAAACGACACGCUCUGUUGAUGUGCCCGGAUAUAUUUCGGAAGGAGAGCGGGUCUGUAAAUAAACCGAACAAAGACGAGAAGACAGCCGGCGAACAUAACCUAGCGUCGUCCUGCGAGACACAUGAAGUUUGUUUGCAAACUUUACGGGUAAAAGUAUAUUCUCAAUCGCGAGAAAAAGUAGUCAGAGCGAUUAUUGAUACGGCCUCGCAACGGUCAUAUGUCAGUACUAAGACCGCGCAAGAUUUAGGUUACGUUUCCAUUGACAGAUUAGAAGUAACGCAUUCUCUAUUCGGUGGAAUUAGAUCGGGACGUGAAACUCAUAAUAUGUUUAAGAUACGUGUUAAGAACUUGAAUAAUUCGUACGCGUGUAAUUUCACAGCAAUGGAUCAGGAGGUUAUCUGUGGCCCGAUUGCGAAUAUUAAGAGAGGUGCGUGGACAGAAGAGUUGCGAGCCAACAAUAUUAUCCUCACAGAUGUAGGAGGCGGUAACUGUCCUAUAGAUAUUCUUAUAGGUGCGGAUGUGGCCGGCAAAUUAUUAACAGGUAGGAAGUAUAAUUUAAAGAACGGAUUAACGGCUAUAGAAACACAUUUAGGUUGGACAGUAUUGGGAAAGCUGCCGACAGAAUCCGUCAGAACGGACACUGCGGUGACAGUCACAACGAUGUUCGUGCAGAAGGCCAAUCUCCUCCCCGAGGCGCGCCACCUUGUCGUGGUGGGGAGGCUUAAGGCGGGCGUACGGCUGUGAACCGUCGAGUGCCGCUUUCAGGCUCCGGCUAUGCCGUGCGUCCGCUGACCAAGAGCGUGCCGCAAGACCCCCCUGUAAC